AUGGCAACGUCUGCUGCCAAAGAUUCGUCUCUGGUCUCCGAUAGCUCCAAUAACGGAGGGGAUGCAGUCAUCGCACAAUAUCUGGUCACCAAAGUGGCGUGGUGGGCGACAUACCCGCGCAUCCUCAUCGUCACGCCCUCGACGCUCAGCACGUACAACCCAGAGACGUUCCAUUGCACCGACCAGUGGGAUAUCUCGGACAUUGAAGCCGUGGAGCUGUCACAAGCCAAGAACCAGUUCGUGCUUCGAUUCGAGAAGUCCCGCUUUCGGUCGGCCAAGUUGAAGUUUGCAUGCGCUGCUCAAGGCCAUCUGCUGUCCUUGCUAGCUCGCCUGCGUCGACAAGCGCAAGGGAAGAUACUCUUGUACCGCCUCUUGGGUGCUCGCCGACUUUACUUUCGUUGCAUUGAGCAAUUCGCCGAUGCGUCAAACAAGUCGCUGUUCUUGCAAGUGACGGUCGCCGGUAUCGUCAUUUUGAAUGAGCGGGGUCGACGUCUGCAAAGCUUGCCUUUCCUCUAUCUCCGCCAAGUAGCUUUUUCAACAGAAAACGAAGAGGGAAUGGUACUCACCACGGCGUUUCAGAAUCGGGUCUUCCUUUGUGGCGAGCGACACGAUUGCUUGAACGAGAUCGUGGCUGCAGCGAAAGAAGCAGGCGUCGUGCUGUACAAGACGGCGAGUGACCUCACGGCGUUGCAGCUUCGUCUGCACAAUACGCAGAUACUGGAUCGUCCUUCGUUCAUCCGGUUUGACGUGAAGAAAGCGAAGAACACGGAAGGCCACAACGGCGAAGUUGCUCCAGAAGGCGAAGAUAGCGACGAUGUGAAGAAGCGUUACAAGGAGAUUCAGCUCAUUCUGCAGAAGGAUGCGGUGGUCGAGCUGCAUCGCUCCAUGCGCACCGUCAUCGCGCGUCCAUACAGUGCGUUGGUAAGUAUUGUUCGCCCAGACUGGGAUCCGCGAGCGCUGGUGUUGGAGUUCCAGCAAGAAGAUACACUGGUCCUUGACGUCGAUGGUCGUGAUCAACUCAUCACGUUGCUGCUGCUGGUGUGCCGCGAAGCAGGUUACCACAACGUCGUUCUCCUGUCGUCUGGCAUCAAUUACCGCCGCUUUUACCACCCCCAUGCUGUUGACACCGCUGCACGCAAUGGCAGCAAUACUGCUGGAGCUUUGAUGGAAAUGUUCUUGCUCAGACGAAUCACACAAACAAGCGCGGGACCAGACGAUAACAGUGGUGGAAGAAGCCGGAGUAGUAGCGUGUGGUCCCCGCGACGGCAUCGUGGAGGCAGCAUGACUCCGCGAGCUUCUCAUGGAAACAAUUGCACGGCAGACGCAGAGGCGAAUGGACGCGGCAGUUGGUUCCAGCGGCGUAUUCGUAAGGACAGGUGUGUCACCGAUCCCAUGCACGAGACACGCACGUCCAUGGAUUCGGGGCUGUCCAUGAAUGAGAGCGUGAGCAUUGUCACUGCUAUGGAAGAGCUCAAUGCGAACCUGCUCCUCGACGAGCUCACCCAAAGCGAGAUGAAGCAAGCUGAAGUGGUGAACAAAGCCAUGGAGCUCGUGUUUGAGCACCUAGUGACACUGGUAGCGUCAUUACGACGAUACGGAGAAAGUACCAGCUCCGAGCUUCGAACCACUUUACAAGCGCUGCUGCGUUUGUACCAUCAUCCAGAUGCCUGCUUCGCAAAUGAAAUGAUACCACAAGUGUUUGACGCGGUGCACGAACUUCUUUUGCAGCAAGAUAUUCUCACAUGCUACUGGUGCCUACGACUGCUGCAGUGCUUCCUAGUCGUGCGCACUCCAAACGUCUCGGCCGACUCCAACGCGGCGGGUUACCAGCGUACCAAAAUGGUCCAGCACUUUGUUCAUCAUAGGACACUCCAGCUUGCCGUUGUCGACCUCAUCCCAGCCUCUUUUGCUGCAUCGAGCUGUAAGCCGGCUUCAGCCAACUCGUCUGUCAUUGGAGCAUCGUUCUGGGCAUCGGACUCGAAUGCCGGAAGUAGCACCUCGUCUAGUUACUCGUCAGCCCAGUCCUCCAUUUUGUGCGCAAAAGAAGCCCAAGUACAGAAUGAAAUCAACGUGGUGUUCUACGAGACACUGCUGACGCUGCACCACCUCGUGGUUCACAUGCGAAGUGCUGCAAAGAAGCAGCGUGCGGCACGUGGCCGGCACAAUCACGAUCAGGCCCACACGCACCAAAAACGCGACUUGGGCGACGCGCCAGUUAAAGUGCAGACAGAUGCUCUGGCACGCAAGUUACUGGGCAAGUACCAAUUUCUCAUGGAGUCGAUUCUGGACGUACGUCUUGGACGCGUGGCCGAUACAUCGGUUGCACUCGUAAAGUUCGUAUUGAACCACUUUUCGGCCAGGAAACCUCACUUGCCAUCACGUGACAGCCAGGUGUCGCGUCCGAGCGUUGAGAACUCUCACAAAUCGCGGAAGAAGUGUAUCGCGGCACUCAGCUCUUUCCUCGACGACUAUGAAAAGAUCUCCAAGAGCAGAGUCGAACCGCAAUCACUAAAGUUUGGCACCGAGAGAACAAUCGAAAUGCCGAUGGAUGUCGCGAGCGAUCGAGCUAGAGAGCACACAAGUGCUUCAAUGGAAAAGCUGCUCAACCCUGGUACGACAAACGGCCUCGAAGCCGUCAACUCAAACGGAUCCAUGAGACUCGAGUACCUGGAUCCAAUCGAACCGUCAAACUCGCCGCUGCAAGAACAGACUCAUAGACAACCAUCAAGGCCCCGUCAAAAGCCAUCCGAGGUCGAACAGUCCAAGAAGCUCUUGAGGCGGCCAAACAAGAUCGAGACGGGUGAUCGCCUCACCCCAAAGUAUAGUCAGCCGCAGCACCACGUCAUUACAAGUCCCACAAAGUCCAUCGGUUGUGGCGUCAGAGCAAAGGUGAUCAUAGUGAGGAAACACGCCCAGAUGGUCGGUCCGAGAUUGCACGCUCACGCGCCUCAUCCAGGCAUGGUCGGUCCGAAACUGCCUGCUCGCGCGCCUCCAGCAGUGCGAGCAAAACGCCCAAUUGACCAGCCGCCACUUGGAUCGCGUCGAACGACGAAUAAAUGCAACGCGUGCACCAGGUGUAACGACGUGUGCGCCGACGAACGCUGUUUGUUCUGUGCGGACAAAAAGUACCAGUUGAAAGUGACCUACGGGAGACGUUCGGAAGCUACCUGGCCCACAGCGCAGCAAUCAUCAUGGCAACAGUACGCGCCAACGUCAAUCGACAGCUCCUCCAAAGUUGAGCGGAAGUACUCGUCCUGCGAAACGAAGCGACAUCAGAACGUGCGUUCGUGCUGGAUCCGGGUUGGCGACAGUGUGUACGACGUCACAGAUUUGCUUGGUGUGCACCCUGGAGGGGCACAAGUUCUACUGGAAAGCGCUCAGCAUGGUGGAGAUUGCGGCCCCAUCUUGAAGACGCAUCCGCCCGUGGCACAGAAGAUGCUGGUGCAAUAUCGCCUCGGACGACACUACGAGUGUAGCAUGUCAUAG